CGGGUAUGGGUAGAACACCCGGAAAAAGUAUGGGAGAGCGCGACGGUGACGUCAGACUUUCGGUCUGGCGUGCUCAUCGUGAAGAUCGACCAGACCGGGGAGAUUCGACAGAUCAAGAUUACAGACGAAAAGCAUAUGCCGCCAUUGCGCAAUCCCUCGCUUCUGAUUGGUCAAAACGACCUGACGUCACUGUCGUAUCUUCACGAACCUGCUGUGUUACAUAAUCUCAGAGUAAGGUUCUGCGAUCGCAAUGCCAUCUAUACGUACUGUGGAAUUGUUUUGGUCGCCAUCAAUCCAUACUACGAUUUGCCAAUUUACGGCGAUGAAACAAUCAUGGCAUACCGAGGACAGGCGAUGGGAGACCUAGAUCCUCACAUAUUUGCUGUGUCUGAAGAGGCCUACACCAAAUUGGAGAGGGAGAAACGAGACCAAAGUAUUAUUGUGAGCGGAGAAUCUGGAGCGGGGAAGACCGUUUCAGCGAAAUAUGCAAUGCGAUAUUUUGCAGCUGUUGGAGGCAACGCAUCAGAGACGCAAGUUGAACGGAAAGUGCUGGCUUCCAGCCCUAUAAUGGAGGCAAUAGGCAACGCAAAAACAACCCGCAACGACAACUCUUCCCGGUUCGGAAAAUUCAUUGAGAUCCACUUCGAUAAUCAAUACAGAAUAUCAGGAGCUAGUAUGAGGACGUACCUCCUGGAAAAGUCCAGGGUGGUUUACCAGAGUGCGGGGGAAAGGAACUAUCAUAUUUUCUAUCAAUUGUGUUCCGCUGCCGCGCACAUGCCCGAUUUAAAACUUGAUCACCAAGACAUGUUCCAGUAUUUGAACCAAGGUGGCAGCCCCACCAUCGAUGGUGUGGACGACUUGAAAGCCUUCAACGAGACCAGGAGCGCGCUUAUUACUUUAGGCGUAACCGAAACUGAGCAACAGAAUAUGUUUACCGUACUAGCUACGAUCCUCCACAUAGGCAACAUCGAGAUGACGUCACAGGACCCGGAUGGAGAAAGCGACGAUCUAGAAGACGGCGCUUUUAUUAGUUCAAAUGACAAACACUUAACAACAGUCUGCAACCUCCUCGGAGUGUCAAAAACGGAACUCCUGCGCUGGUUAACCCACCGCCGCAUCGCCUCCGCCCACGAAGUGAUCGUGUCCCGAAUGGACAUACAAAGAGCAAACUUCGCAAGAGACGCUCUAGCUAAAAGGAUAUAUGGUGAAUUGUUCGCGUGGCUUGUCCAAGCUGUCAAUCGGGCGUUAGACACUGGACAUGCGAAGAAACAUUUUAUUGGUGUCCUGGAUAUAUACGGGUUCGAGACAUUCGAGAUUAACUCGUUCGAGCAAUUCUGUAUCAACUACGCCAACGAAAAGCUGCAGCAGCAGUUCAACUCUCAUGUCUUCAAGUUAGAACAGGAUGAAUAUAUCAAGGAAGAAAUAUCCUGGCAAAUGAUAGACUUCUACGACAAUCAGCCCUGUAUAGACCUGAUAGAAGACAAACUGGGCAUUCUAGCUUUACUCGAUGAAGAGUGCAGAGUCCCACAGGGGUCAGAUCAGGGAUUUGUGUCGAAGCUACAUGAUAAAUGUUCGAGGUACCCGCAUUUUAUGAAGCCGAGGUUUGGCAAUGCCGCCUUCAUAAUAAAACACUUUGCGGACAACGUAGAAUAUCAAUCUGGGGGUUUCCUAGAGAAGAAUCGUGACACAGUGUCAGAGGAACAAUUAGAGUGUAUCAAAUCUGCCACAAGCUGCCGUCUCAUACACGCCAUGUUCGCUGGAGAUAGACAAGUGGACCAGUCGUCCACAUUGCCGCCACCAUCUCGACGACGGACUACGCCUUCCGUUCCUGUUGCCAGCUUAACACAACCACCCCGCCGGACAUCGGGUCCAGGCAAGCAAACUGUAGGCGCGCAAUUCCGCGCGUCACUAUCAGCUCUGAUGUUGACACUGUCAGCGACAACGCCGCACUAUGUGCGGUGCAUCAAGCCCAACGACACGAAGCAGCCGUUCCAGUUCGAUCCAGCCAGGGCUGUUAACCAGCUGAGAGCGUGCGGCGUAUUGGAGACAAUCAGAAUAUCGGCAGCUGGAUUCCCCUCUCGAUGGCUGUAUCAAGAUUUCUUCCAUAGGUACCGCCUUCUUUGUCCCCACAAAGAAAUCGACCGAUCAGAUAUCAAAGCGACCUGCGCGAGGAUACUCGCGAAGCAUCUUAAAGAUCCUGACAAAUUUCAAUUUGGAGCCACUAAGAUUUUCUUCAGAGCCGGACAGGUAGCGUAUUUCGAGAAGAAAAUCCUUUCAGAAGAAUUGGAAGCCGAGAGGCAAAGUCGACAGAAAUUGCUCUCGUCGCAAUACGAACUACAAGAAAGAUUGGAUGCUCUACAGAGAGCGCCGCCAACAAGAGAACAUAGGAGAUCUUUAUCUGAUGCCAGCAACAAUUCUCAACAAGAAACAACAGUUGAAGAUGAUUAUGGUUACGGAUCAGUGCGUUCGGUGGAGACAACACGGCCGGCACUGGAAGCUGUUAACUGGUCAGCAGGACAACACAACGGGCCGAUUGCAGACGCGGGUCUAGUACUUCGUAUGCAGAACAGAAUAUCAGCAUUGCAGAGCGAACUAUCGCGGACCGCGAAGCGGGCCAACGAUUUGGAAGAACGCCUAAUGAACCGAGUCUCGUCCGCCCCAACGAACCCGAAUCUGGAUCGCUUCAAGGUGGAAGAGUUGGAGAUGGAGAACAAGAAGUUAAGGGAACACCUGGACAGAUUACGAGUUACGUCGGACAGUACUAAAGAGCUUAUUGCCCAACUAGGCACCACACAGAAGGAACUUGAUAGAAGACGUGAUGAAAACAUUCAGUUGAAGAGCGUGCUUUCUAAUCAGAAUGUGAACCUCAAGUCUUUGGCGUCAUCCAACUACGGGUCUGACGUGGAUAUUAUCAACGAAGACGGCGAGCUGGCAACUGCCUACGAGGCUCAGAAGGGCAUUAACAGACAACUUCAAGAAGAGUUGGUGGCUGAAAAGAAGUUCUAUUCGGAGCACAUCUCAAAGCUGAAGGCUGAUAUUGAAAAACUUCGGGAAGAGAACGAAAAAUAUCAAAAAUUAUUGAGUGGUGAUUUGAGUCAAGAACCAAAGACGAAGGACCAGGAAUUCGCUCAAAAUGAAAUCAUCAGAUUGGCUUCCGAAUACCUUACGUUGCUGGGGCGUUCAGACAAGUUAUCAGAGAGCUGUCGACGUUACAAAAACCAGAUCAGAUUGCUCGUCAACAAGCUUAAAGAAGUCGGUGUUGAUGAUGUCAAUGACAUCCUCGAAAGCAGUGAUACAGUGGUUCCCACUGGCCACGCGUCGCUUGUGGAAAUGGCACCUGUGACGCGGAAGAAGGAGCGGGAAUACCUCGGCAUGUUCGAGUAUAAGAUACAGGACGAAGGCAUCAUUAUCAAGAAGCUUGUAUUAGAUCUCAAACCCAAAGUGGCAGUAACGCUCCUCCCAGGUCUUCCGGCCUACAUCCUAUUCAUGAUGCUUCGUCAUAUGGACCACGUGGACGACGAGCCCAAAAUGCACGGCCUCAUGAAAUCCUUCCGCUCUGCAGUCAAGAAGACUCUCAAGAAACGUGCUGAUAGUGUGGAGUAUAACGUAUUGUGGCUUGCCAAUAUGCUGAGGCUACUAAACAACCUGCGGCAGUACAGUGGUGACACAGUGUACCAAACUCAUAACACGCCACGACAAAACCAGCAGUGCCUACGAAUAUUCGACCUGUCGGAAUAUCGACAAGUCUUGAGUGACACUGCAGUCUCUAUUUAUCAGGGUCUCAUCCAAGUAUUGGAGCGCCAAUUCGAGCGCCUCAUAGUUCCAGCCAUCUUAGAACACGAAGAAAUCAGUGGCCUCAGCGUACCCACGCGGCAGACUCCCUCGCCACCUGGAGCCGGCCCUGGCAGGCUCAAACAGGAGUUGAACUCUGUGCAUGAAAACUUGCAAGUCUAUGUUGUUGAUUCACCGUUACGGGUUAUGAUAUUUAAACAGCUGUUCUACUACAUCUGCGCGUACAGUCUAAAUCAGCUUCUUCUCCGUAAAGACCUGUGCUGCUGGGCGAAGGGUCUGCAGAUCAGAUACAACAUCUCGCAUCUCGAGACCUGGAUCAAGGAGAAUUUGGCUGAAUAUGGACAGAAGAGCGUGGAAGAAAUCUUAGCAGUGCUGAAGCCCAUCACGCAGGCUGUCCAACUUCUGCAAGCACGCAAAUCUAUGGCGGAUGUACAAAGCACCGUGGAUAUGUGUGCGGAUCUCACUGCUAUGCAAGUUUGCAAGAUCCUGAACAUGUACACUCCAGCGGAGGAAUACGAAGUGAAGGUGACGUUGGAGUUCAUACACGAGAUACGCAAGAAGAUGCACGAAAGAGCUGGACCUAAUGCCGACAAAGAACCGCAAAACCUCCUAAUGGACUCGAAGAUGAUCUAUUCUGUCCAGUUUCCAUUCAACCCAUCGUCCAUCAGGCUCGAAGACAUCGAACUACCCGAAGUUCUCGGCCUGGAAGGAUUGCUUACGAAGAUUUAAAGAAACACCGCGUACAUUUAUAGUAUGAUUUUUAAUUUUCUAUUAGAGAGUGUUAUGAACGGCACUUGAUUUGACGGAGUACUUUUAGACAUGUGUGGCGAUUGUAGGCCACGGCGU